AGUGUAGUUUCUUAACACACUUAUCAGAUUAAUCUUAUCAAUUCGCACACCACACGAUUUUUUGAUUGGCAUUGCUAUUUGAGCUUUUGUCGGUUCUUGGUAGUUAGUUUCAGACUCAGAAUGAUGCCAAUUCAGUUGUUCUCCCUACUCGUUUUUCUACUACCUGCUUUUUUGGAAGGUGCUCGUAUUCUUGCCUUGUUUCCCAUACCAAGUCAAUCGCAUUAUUAUCAUGCCUUACCAUAUAUGAAAAGGUUGGCCUCUUUGGGGCAUGAAAUAACCACUGUAACUCCGUUUCCAUCGAAAGAAGCAACGAAUAAUUUAUACGAGAUUUCUGUUUCGGAGGUAUUUCACAGUUUUGAUGAAUUAUUAAAAGCUAUGACAACACCUAAAAGUACUUGGGAAUUUUUUGAGGUAACUAACGGAUUCGUGUACAACAUUACUAAGGUCGUAUUCGAUAAUAAGGAAGUUCAACGAAAGAUACUCAGACCGGGAAAAAGUCAGUUUGAUUUGGUCAUUGUAGACAUUUGGAAAUAUGAUGCUCUAUAUGGCUUGGCCGCCUAUUUGGAUGCGCCAAUCAUCGGAAUGGCACCUUGCGGAACUGAUUGGAAGAUCGAUGAAAUGGUCGGAAAUCCAUCUCCAAUGUCUUACCUCCAAUCUCCGUCAACUUACUUCUACGACUUACAGACUUACAUGGGUCGUAUAGGACACUUUGUAGAACGCUCCAUUUCUUGGAUAAACUGGCAUUGGCGCUAUGAGAACAAGCAUGAUGCUCUCUAUAGGGAAUAUUUUCCGAAAAUAGCUUACAAGAAGCCAUUGUCUCAGAUAUCCCGAAACUUUGCUUUGGUUUUGGUAAAUCAACACUUUACGUUGGCUCCACCUCGUUUAUUUGCUCCAAAUGUAAUCGAAGUGGGGGGCAUGCAUAUUAAUAAGGAAACGGAAAAUUUACCCAAGGAUUUAGAGGACUUUAUCCAGGGCUCUGGUGAGCAUGGAGUAAUUUACUUUUCACUCGGCACCAAUGUAAGGAUCAAAAAUCUUGCUGAGGAUCGCAAAAAAAUAUUGAUUGAAACAUUCGCCAGUCUGCCACAGCGUAUCGUUUGGAAAUUCGAAGAUGAAGAGUUACCAGAGAAACCAUCGAAUGUUUUAAUUAGCAAAUGGUUUCCGCAGCAGGAUAUUCUGGCCCAUCCGAAAGUUAAACUUUUUAUAACUCACGGGGGAAUGCAGAGCACCAUAGAAAGCAUUCACCAUGGUAAACCUAUGCUUGGGUUGCCCUUCUUUUACGACCAGUUCGCCAAUAUGGAAUUCAUCAAGAAACGGGGACUUGGCUUGGUUCUGAACUAUAAGGAUAUGACAAGCGAAGAGUUUAAGGAAACCAUUUCCCGGCUGCUGACCGAAAAGAGUUUUGACGUCACGGCAAAAAUACAAGCGGCUCGAUUUCGGGACCAACCCAUGAAUCCUUUGGAAACAGCAAUUUGGUGGACUCACUACGUCCUUCGUCACAAGGGAGCACCUCAUAUGCGAGUUGCAGGAAGAGAGCUGGACUUUUUCACUUACCACAGCCUAGAUGUCUUGGCCACUUUAGUUAUAGCUCUUGUAAUUAUUCUUAUUAUUAUUUCCCUAUGCCUGGUUAUGUUUUUAAAGUUAAUCCUCCAACGUGCUGUUAAAUUAAGAAAUCGAAAACAGAAAAUUCGCUAAUAUAAUAAAUCAAUUAAAUAUAUCCUACAAUUUU